AUGAGAUCGAUUAUAUUUUUUGUAGUCUAUGUGUUGCAUUGCUUAUCAAAUUUAAUUCUUGGAGCAAGUGGUGCCAUCCCGACAGGAUUCAAUCAUCCUGGUGGAAUGCAUCCCCAGCAUCAGAUUGAAUUUGUCAAGCUGCAAGUGUUUAACCAACGGCAACCAUAUUACAAUGCCUAUCGGCAACUGAUUGUUUCUGCUGAUGCAGCAUUUAAUCACACCACUCAUGCUCUAGCUGAUUUUGCUGUUCCUGGCUACUACAUCGAUCCAGAAUUACACAAAAAGAAUUCAGUUGGUCUUCAAUCGGAUGCAUUUGAUGCUUAUGCUUGUGCAUUGGCCUAUCACAUAAGUGAUGGUCAGUCGAAAUAUGCCAAUCAAUCAAUAAGAUUUUUGACAGCAUGGGCUGAUUUAAAUACGAAAUAUUCGGAUUUCGAUGGUAGUCUUGUCAUGGCCUAUUCUGGAACGGCAAUGGUCAUGGCUGGUGAACUUCUUCUUAACUACGAUGGCUGGAGUCCUGCUAGUAAGAUGAAAUAUUUGAAAUGGGUACAGACUGUUUAUUUAAAAGCUUCCAAUGAAAUCAGAUUACGAAAAAAUAAUUGGGCCGAUUGGGGUCGAUUGGGCUCAAUUUUAUCUGCUCAUUUGUUGGAAAACUCCACAGAAAUAGCUGAAAAUAUCCGUUUGGUUAAAAGUGAUCUGUUCCAUAAGAUUGCUGCCGAUGGUCAUAUGCCAGAAGAGACCACGAGAGGGACAAAUGGAAUUUGGUACACGUAUUUUUCUCUUGCACCAAUUACAGCUACAUGUUGGGUAGCUUAUCAAUCGACCGGUGAAAAUCUAUUUACCAAUUAUAGACAAGGUAAUUCUUCGAUCAAGCAAGCCCUGGAUUAUUUGUACUACUAUAAUCUUCACCCCAAUGAAUGGUCAUGGUUUGUAAAUCCUAAUAAGGGAUCACCGACUUCAUGGCCUGGUAAUUUGUUGGAAGUCAUGUCAACUCUUUAUGGAGAUAAUCGUUACUCUGAUUACGUGAAAUCCUCAAGACCAUUAAUCUAUAGAACACAUCAUUUUGCUUGGACUUUUCCCACAUUGAUGACUGUUCAAUUGGGAAGCUAUCAGUAG